UGCACAGAUUUGACAGACGUCAGCGUUAUUGUAUUUGUAUUGUUUAGUGGUGAGUGGUGAAAUUUAAAAUAUGUUUCUAAACAAACUGAUAAGACUGUAUGAUAGCCUAUAAUUUUUUCUAGUAAAAAUUUAUAAAAACAGUGAUUUAAUUUCAAUUGCUUCACUUUCCACGAGCACCUCCAGUGUUUUAGAUAUAAUAAAUAUCAAAAUGGUCCAAGUGCCCACUGUUAAAUUUAACAAUGGAAAUGAAAUUCCUAUUUUUGGUCUAGGAACAUGGAAGUCAAAACCUGGUGAGGUAGCUCAAGCAGUAAAAGAUGCCAUCGACAUCGGCUACAGACACAUCGACUGUGCUUUUGUCUACGGCAACGAGAAAGAAGUAGGUGAAGCUUUGGCCGCCAAAUUCGCCGAUGGUACCGUGAAAAGAGAAGAUAUUUUCAUCACCAGCAAACUGUGGAACACUUACCACAGACCCGACUUGGUUGAAAAGUGCUUGCAACAGACUUUGAGCAAUUUAGGUAUACAAUACUUGGAUCUGUAUUUGAUCCACUGGCCUAUGGCAUACAAGGAAGACCUCGAUAUUUUUCCAAGAAGAGAAGAUGGUUCAAUCAUCUUUAGCGAUGUAGAUUAUGUAGACACGUGGAAGGAAAUGGAAAAAGUACAGCAGAAAGGUCUCGUUAAGUCCAUUGGUGUCUCCAACUUCAACGAAAAACAGAUCGAAAGAGUUCUAAAGAUUGCAAAGAUCAAGCCAGUCAACAAUCAGGUAGAAUGUCACCCCUACCUCAACCAAAAGAAACUCAUCGACUUUUGUAGAUCCAAAGACAUCACCGUCACGGCAUAUAGUCCUCUGGGAUCUCCCGACCGCCCGUUUGCCAAACCCGGCGAUGUUGAGCUCUUACACGAUCCUAAACUGAAAGAUCUAGCUGCCAAACACAACAAGAGUCCAGCUCAGAUUUUACUGAGGUUUCAAGUCGAAAGGGGUGUCAUAGUCAUUCCUAAAUCAGUUAACAAGGGUAGAUUGGAACAGAAUAUCGACAUUUUCGAUUUUUCUUUGAGUAAAGAAGACUUAGCAACGUUGGAGAGCUUUGAUUGUGACGGAAGAUUGAUCCGUCUUGAUGCGGCUCUUGGACAUCCUCACCACCCAUUUCUUCCGACUCAGUAAUUUAUAAUAAUUGUUCUUUGUUAAGUUAAAAUUUGAACAAUAAACUAUUUUUAGAAAUAUAUAA